AGUGUCCGUCGCUCUUGGCUGUACUGUCUCUAGAUCACCAAUCGUUGGUCCUCAUGCAACCACUCUUCAACGCUAUAGACAACAUCUCUAGGGCAAGGCGGAACGUCCGUAUUCCGCCCCGCAUGUCAACGAACAUCCUCCCGCUCCCUCAUGACUUUCAGUAUUCCGCCUUGCAGUCCACAUACUGUGAUCGUAUUAGGCAUAAUGAUUGACUUGACCAGAAUUCAAAUCCUGCGAUGGAACGAAAUCCAUGAACACGAUUUUAACCCCCCCCUGCCGUCCUCACUGCUCGUAAUGCACUUCUUGUGCGUCGUCUUGACGCAGUCCUUCAUUGCGCUUUAUGCAUAGUCAUACUGGGUUUCUAGAUCUGCCUCCUGCUUACUUUUUUUUCCUCCCAACCAAAGAAUAUGUUUCCCAUUCUCCUGGUGAGCGCGCUACUACCCGUGCAUCCGCCUCUCUGGGCCUUCUUUCCUGUCAUGGCCUGGUCCGGUUUCACAAUCGCCAUCGGCUUCCUCCUGCCCUGGUAAGUCGCCACACUCCCUCCUCUCUCAUUUUUGCGGUUUUCUGCACUAAGCCGACGCGGUGUUUCUCGCCGUCGCGGGGGUUGGCUUGCGUCUUCGAAGCCGAGCUAAGCCCUGCUCGCUAAGUCUGCUCCCGCCCACUUAUACCCCCUCCCGCGCGGGAUGUUUUUUUUCAUCCCACUCGUCUCCGGCUGCACUCAUUUAAUCAGAUGAAGGCGGUGGAUUCCACCCCCGGGUUGGGGUCUACAGUAGAUGUGCUAUCUCAUGAACUGUUAACAGAAAUUCUGAAAUUUGUUUUCGAUUCGAAAAGAUAGCUUCAGUAGGAUCGCAAUGUUAUCAGACAGUAGAAUUGCUGGAUGUCGUCUUUUGAACGAGUUUCUCUCAAGUCGCCUGAAAAACUGAGCUCGGUAAAAUGACCACGUAGGUAGUAUAAUUUCUCCUCAUUGUUUUUCUAUCCCCUUAUAGAUUCAAACAUAUCUUACAGAAAACGCGUACGAAAAUAUUCGUCCUUCUACUCACUUGCUAGAAAAUUACAUUUUUCCUAAAUUUCAUACUUGAAGGAGGAGUAUAAUUCGGUUUAAAAAACUUUUGAUUCCCGAAGAAUUUUGAAUCUGAUCUUGUGUUACACUUGCAUUCAAGAUUUUUAAGCCACCAGCUGUACAUUUUAACUGUACGGAAAAUCAUAUUAAGAAGACACCACAUAGGUUCCUGAAAUUUUGCAGUGAAUUUGAAAUAGAUUGGGCAAUUUACGGGCAACAUUAGUAAAUGCAGAGUUAUGGUGUUUUAUGAAUGCACAUUUCGCAGUCCUAAGAAAUCUCGGCGGGAAUACAGUGUCGCAACACUUAGAAUUGUCUAUUCCCCCACCAGCCUGUCUUACGGGCGGACUACUACUACUGCUACUACUACUACUACUACUACUACUACUACUACUACUACUACUACUACUACUGCUACUACUACUACUACUACUACUACUACUACUACUACUACUUCUACUACUACUACUACUACUACUACUACCACCACUACUACUACUACUACUACUACUACUACUACUACCACUACUACCGCUGUUACUACUAA